GUGGAUAGAGAGAUGUUAAUACCCUUGUUCCAUUAUUGCAAAGUAUAACGGGCGAGUUAAAUCUAUGAAAACGGUAGCCUGCGCUCACUAAAGACCGACACGGCCUAGAUGGUCCUCGGAGCCUCGGGCUGCCUUAGCGCUGUCUCGCCCGGGCAGCCGAGCUUGUAUUCAGCAAUCUGACUUCCACCCAAGUAAAUGCAGGGAGAGCAGGGGAUUCCGUGGCUGUGCGUGGAAGGGGGUGUGUUUGUGUAUCUUUUACAAAUAAGCAGUAAUCCGUGUGACUGCGGUCCAGGUGUGACCAGAGGAGCAGAAAGCAGACGAACCCAGGAGCCAGCAUGGCCUUCGAAGAGAUCAAGAAGAAGGGAUUCAUGGAGGGGGCGCUGGAGGGCGAGCGGGGCCUAGUGGCGGGACGCAGCCAGCGGGAGAAGAGGCGGUCCUAUAAGGACCUGCUGAGGGAGGAGGAGGAGAUCGCUGCCCAGGUGCGCAAGUCUUCCAAGAAACGCCCCAAGGACUCUGAGCUCUUCCUGCUGGGAGGAGAUUCUCACAAGAAGAAGAAGAAGCAUUCAGAUGAGUACUACUACAGAGACCACCAGGGGGCAGGGCUGCCUCCACAUAAGAAGAAGCGUAAGUCAGCGGACCGCUCCCCCUCCCUGUCCUCCUCCCACCCCACAGACACGGCCAUGGGUCUGCUACAGGCCAUCACCUCCCCGCUGGCCACCGGCUGUGACCCCAGCGCUCACCUCCACAAGAAGCCCUCCUAUCCCUCCCUCUCCUCAUCUCACUCCUCCUCCAAGGAGCGCAAGCGGGAGGGGGGCAGCGGGGGCAGCAAGGGGUCCCACUCCUCCCACUCCCGCCCCCCCUCCUCCUCCUCCUCCAAGAAGCACUCCUCCAAGUCCUCUCUGUUCCACGGGGGCGUGGCCAAGGACGACCCCGCGACCCUGCGCGACCCCCUGAGCCUGCGCGACGCUGAGGGCUUGAAGAUGAAGCUCAUCCUUUCGCCCAAGGAGGAGGAGGGGGAGAGCUUCCCUCUCCCCCCACACCCGUCCUCCGGGGGCAGGAAGGGAGGGGUGUCGAGGGACAGGGAGCGUCUCUCCAAGGGCCCCAGGAAGAAGCAGCUGGCCAGGGACCCACUGCCGGUGGUGGGGAAGGAGGUGGAGGUGGAGGGUCACUACGGUGGGGGUCUGGGGGAGGACACCUCGUCCUCAGGGGGAGAACUGGAGGCGGGGGAGCUGGUAAUAGACGACUCAUACACACACAUGUCCAAGAAGAAGAAGAAGAGCAAGAAGAGCAAGAAGAAGAAGGAGAGAGAGAAGGAGAGAGAGAAGAAGGAGGGCAAGGAGAAGAAACACAGCAAAGGAUCAGGUGACCCAUCCAGAGGCCAUUCCCACUCCCACAGCUCGACCAGUCACGGCACAGGAGGGGGGGUGUUCAGCCCCGCCCACCACCAUCACCACCAGGUGUGUGACCCCACCCUGGAGAAGAAGAGGAAGAAGGAGGAGAAGGAGAGAGAGAAGCUGCAGGAAAAAGACAAGCCUAAGAAGAAGAACAUGACAGCCUACCAGGUGUUCUGUAAAGAGUACAGAGUCAACAUCAAUGCUGAGCAGCCUGGUCUCGUGUUCGGGGAGCUCAGCAGGAGGCUGGCUGAGGUGUGGAAGCUGCUGCCUGAGAAAGACAAGCUGGUGUGGAGGCAGAAGGCUCAGUAUCUGCAGCACAAGCAGAACAAGGCAGAGGCCACCACCGUAAAACGCAAGAGCUCCACAGAUGGAGCCCGGAGCAAAGGUUCUCUGAAGGGCGUGGGACUUGGGGCGGGGCUGGGGGCGGGGCUGGGGGCGGGGCUGGGGGCGGGGCUGGGCUCCCCCAGCAGGGGGGCUGGGGGUGUGUCUCUCUCCCCUGCCAGGGUUCCAGAGGUAGACCCCAUCGAUGCCGCCGCCCACCUGCAACUGCUUGGGGAAUCCCUGUCUCUGAUUGGACACAGGCUGCAGGAGACUGAGGGUAUGGUAGCAGUCUCAGGGAGCUUGUCGGUGCUGCUGGACUCCAUCCUGUGUGCUCUGGGUCCUCUCACCUGCCUCACCUCUCAGGUGCCUCAGCUCAACGCCUGUCCUCGCAACGUGCUGUCGAACACGUUGGACAACAUAGCCUACAUCAUGCCUGGACUCUGAAGCCCCCCCUCCACUUCCUCCUCCACUUCCUCCAUCUCCCCCUCAACAGAGAUAUUUCUACUUUCCACAUGUUUUUAUGUAUUUUAAAUGUUUUUUUUUACAUUUAUUUUUAAAGGAAGCCUAUUUUAGUGAAAUGUUUUUUAUGGCUGUCUUUAAAAAUGUUUGUGUGUGUAUGUAUGAGUGUGUGUGUGUGUGUGUGUGUAUAUCUAAUGUCAACAGCAUCAUUGCUAGGGAGUGUUCAGACCAGGCUUCUGUGUGAACCACAACCCUCUCAGCUCCCAACAUCCUACCGUGAAGAUAAUAUAUACAACUGAUCCUAGUUUUACCGUUCAAUAAGGACGUUUCCUUCUUGUAUGUGAUAUUACAUUAGGAACGCGUUCAUUCAGGUGCAUAUUCGAUGCCUAUUUACUAAUAUUACUUAUUUACUAAUAUUACAUAUUUGAAUCAGCAUUGGAAGUUCAGACUCUCACACUGCAAUUAAAAAACAACUUUUUC